GAUAGCAAAACAGCCAAAAUGUUCAGCAAAAUCGUAGCUUUCAGCGCUUUCUUGGCCGCGGCCAGCGCUGGCCACCUCGGUUACGGCCACGCUGUGUCUUCGCAGAACAUCGUUCGCCACGACGAGGGCCACUAUGCCCCAGCCCACUAUGCCACCCCGGCUCACUACGCCCCGGUCCACUAUGCUGCUCCCGUAGUCCACGCCGCCCCUAUUGCUCACUACGCUGCCCCUAUCGCUGCCUACGCCCCUGUCGCUCAUUACGAUGGCCAUGAUGAAUACGCUCAUCCCAAAUAUGACUACGCGUACUCGGUGUCGGACCCGCACACCGGCGACCACAAGUCGCAGCACGAGUCCCGUGACGGCGACGCCGUGCACGGCUUCUACGAGCUGGUCCAGCCCGAUGGCUCCGUGCGCAAGGUCGAGUACACCGCUGAUGACCACAACGGUUUCAAUGCUGUGGUGCAUAACUCAGCCCCCACCAUCCACGCCGCCCCAGCCCAUGACUACCAUCAUUAUUGAGAGGAAUAAGCGUCGAGUUAUUUAUUUCAAAACUUUUUUUAUAUUUUGUAAAUAUGUGAGUGUGAGAAGUCUGUAAGCAAAUGAAUCAUGAUUUUAUAAAAUAAAUGAGAGUAUGAUUUUAUAGUAUUUCGUCCAUUCGUGGGUUUGUAGCUAGGCUAGAUGAAUAGCCAGCUAAAAAAUAUUGGAAAACUUAAAGUUUCAAUUUGUAAAAUAUGAUACCAUUAGAUUCCAAAAUCUGCAUCAUUUUAAGGAGGCGCCUUGAAAAUAAAGUCAAUUGGUUCUUAAUUCAUAUUUUACGAAUUUGAACAUUACUUACUUUAAUAAUUAUUUGAAUUGGUUACUUUCUAGGCAUUUCCAACUUUAUAAACAUACAAUUAUUACAUAAAAUUAAAAUUAUUACCUAACAACUCUAUUAUUUUUACAAUUUGUGAUAACAUGGGGAUUUGAAAACCCAAUCGCUCUCGCGUUUCACCAGAACAAUCAUUCAACGCGUUGCAGCUUGUGGCGAGCUGCUGGAGAGUAGUGUUGUGAGUCUACCUGAGCGCUCCUGGACGAGCCAUUUUGUGGCACAUGAUGUGCAAUCAUAAGUGGCGAGUUGGCUAUAUGUUUUAAGUCCAGUGACACUUCUCUACCCCCAACCCUCUGUACCGGUGUUGCCCUUGGGCCAUCUUUGAUAUCACUUUUUAUGGGGGUCCAUCUUAUGGAGAUAGAGGGUGAGUCACCGUCUGCCAGAGAUAAAAUUGGAUAGGUACCGUAACCUAUCGCUUUUACCCAGUGGCCUAGUAUAUUUUACAUUGCAUUAACUCUCAAUAAUCUUUACAGCCUGGUGAGUGCUGCCUCUGUCUGCGUCCUACACACGCAGCGGCUACGUGUUGGCUAUAGCUUUGGCUGGCUAUAGAAUGAGAGUAUGUGCGGUAUCCACAUAUUAGAUUUUAAUAGUAAUAUUAAUUCAUCAACUUAUGCACAAAAAAAAUUAUGUAAAUUAACUAAUUGAUUAUAUUCAACCUUGAGUGAAGAAAGAAGUGUUGAGUAAAAAAAAAAAACUUUGCAAAUCAAGAAAAAAGUAAAUAUUCCGAAACUAAGCGCGAGGCCAUGUUUCAAACAUAUAAGGGAAAUGUAAAUAUCCAUAUGAAAAUAUUUAUCCCAGCAGAAGGGUGUGCAACAUUUGAAUCAAAGGGGUGAAAAAACCCUACCAGUACGAACUAACAUGUGAUACCUUCGCGGGAGUAGCUUUUCGGUUAAAGAUAACAGUAUAUCGAUAUUAACACUACCAUUUCAUUGCUAACCGCUGAUCUAAAUUGAUAAAUGGUGGAGCUGUUUUGGCAUUUGUGUUAAUUUAGCAAAGUGUCAAGCCAUAAUUCUGGUCAGCCAGCGCCAGAUUUCUAUGCUUAGUAUAACAGCUGUACUGUACCGAUUCUGUUUGAUGAGUCUCUCAUACCCGUGUGCACUAAAGCUAAUAAUUUGGGAUGAAUUUUUGAUUCUACCCUUUGCAUGAGCGGCCAGCUAGUUCGUGUGAGUCGGAAGGUUUCAGGCAAUCUAAGGACUAUACAAAUUUAAAUAAAUCUCCCACUGAGCACCAAAAAGAUGCUGGUACAGGCGUUGAUUUUGCCAAUUAUUAAUUAUGGUGAUGAGUGCACAAUGAAUGUUACAAUAACAGCAUACGGUUUAUCUUUGGCUUGCGUAAAUACGAUCGUAUUACCUUUUACCGCCCCCAGCUCAACUGGCUCUCCAUCCCCUGUAGAUCGCUUCGAAUACUUUGUACCCUAUUUUCAAUAUUGUUUCAGCUUUCUGCUCCUGGAUAUCUAAAAAUUAAGUUCCUGUUUGACACCCCUCGUCCCGGUUGUGAGCUGCGUACAUCUUGUGUUCACAAACUCUCAAUUCCUGCUCAUCGCACUGGGUUUAUGUCUAACCCCUUUGCUGUCCAGGCGAGUCGUCUUUGGAAUUCGUUCCCUCUCAGUAUAAGACAAGCCCGAGGAAGUUAGCUUUCAAGCAAUAAGUAUCUGCUGAAACAAGAGUUCGAGUAGCGUCC